ACGAUCCUCCUCCUCCUCCUCCUCCUCCUCCUCCUCCGGCUCAGGGAGCGCCCCACUCCCCACUGCAGCUGUCCUGUCCGGAGGGAAGGCAUCGGCCUUUCUCUUCUCCUCCUUUUUAACGCUCCUCUUCCUCCUGUUUCUUGAUGCAGGGCCAGAGAGGGGAGGAGGUGAAGGGGCUGAGCCAAAGUGUGCACCGGAUAUCGGAAAAGCCAUUCUUCUUUUUGCUGAUGCUGCUGGGAUAGCAGCAGAUCAGAAUCUGAGGCCCGGCCGCCUGGCCGGUGCAGGGACCAUGCUGGAGCUCCAGAGGAGGAGGAGGAGGAKGAUGAUGAUGAUGAUGAGAAGCUUUUUUAGGACAGGGGUGCCAGAUAUGGAUCCAGGGGAUGGAUUCAGUCAGACCCCUCCCUGACUUGGGUUAUUUGAUACUCUGCUCUUAACAGAAAUCAAUCAUCACAGCCUUCCUGCUCCUUUGAAGGAGAUCUUCCUCUUAAAGCCGAGCAGAUUGAAAACCGAGGGCCUCAGGUGAGCUCUCACUCUCACAUUCCUCUCAUUCAGCUUUUCUCUCCCUCCUCCUUCUCAUCUGGCUGUGCUUAGAGGGAAUCAGAUUGUCGGAGGAGCCUGGAUUGAUCCUCCUUCCCRUCUUGGACAAGUGCACGGACCUGAUCACGACUCAUCCCUCCCUCCUCUUCCGCUUCCUCUCCAGCCUGUGAUGCUCCUCACAGUCGUAGUUUGCCUCGUUUCAGGAGUAAAAAAAUCAUCUUUGGGAGGAUGAGCAGCAAAGAGCUCACCGUGGGCCAGUCCAGCCAGUUGGUGGGGCCCUACCGGCUGGAGAAGACCCUUGGGAAGGGACAGACAGGGCUCGUGAAGUUGGGUGUCCACUGUAUAACMGGGCAGAAGGUGGCCAUCAAGAUUGUGAACAGAGAAAAACUCUCAGAAUCAGUUCUGAUGAAGGUGGAGAGAGAAAUAGCUAUUCUUAAACUAAUAGAGCACCCUCAUGUUCUGAAGCUCUAUGAUGUCUAUGAAAAUAACAAAUACCUGUAUCUGGUACUGGAGCAUGUGUCUGGUGGGGAGUUGUUUGACUACCUGGUAAAGAAAGGCAGACUGACUCCCAAAGAAGCCCGGAAGUUCUUCAGACAAAUCAUCUCUGCCCUUGACUUCUGCCACAGUCACUCCAUAUG